CCCAGAGGUGAGGAGAAUGAGCCAGAAAGAGGGUCUGAGGGCCAACUCCUUUCAGUUCACUCUGGAGGGAGAGCCCUUUCACAUCAUGGGGGGCUCUAUCCACUACUUCGCGUCCCCAGAGCCUACUGGGAGGACCGGCUGCUGAAGAUGAGGGCCUGUGGGGUCAACACUCUCACCACAUAUGUGCCAUGGAACCUUCAUGAGCAAAAGAGAGUGGUUUUAAAGGCGUACAUCAGCCUAGCAGCAGAGUUGGGGCUCUGGUUUAUUCUGCGGGCAGGACCCUACAUCUGUGCUGAGUGGGACUUAGGAGGGAUGGCCAGUUGGUUGCUGUGUGAUCCAGACAUGAAGUUGAGAACAACCUACCCAGAUUUCACAGAAGCAGUUGACUCCUUUGAUCAACUCAUUCCAAGAGUUGCACCAUAUCAGUUCUCCAAGGGGGGCCCAAUUAUAGCAGUUCAAGUUGAGAACGAGUAUGGCUCUUAUGCAAAAGAUGUUGAAUACAUGCCAUACAUAAAAGAGAUACUAUUGUCCAGUGGGAUCGAGGAGCUGCUCCUGACCUCAGAUAACCAGGAUAGGCUGAAGCACGGGGGAGUGAAUGGAGCCUCAGAAGUUCAAGAUGGUGAUGGAGUAUUGGUCUGGGUGGUUUGACCUCUGGGGUGACCUUCACCAUGUUUUUGCUGCUGAGGGUAAGUCAUAUUUCCUCAAGCAGUAGGAUCUCUUUGCCACACCGCAUGAGUCACACUCAAUAGAUUGGUCACAUGGUGCUUAGCAUAUGGUCAGUUCUCCUUUGUGGUAUAUUUCUGUCAGAGAUUAAUAUGCUUUCCAUGUGUGCUUGUUUCCAAGCCAAGCAUCAUAAACCAGAGUUGGUCUUUAUUCCCCCUAAAAUUAGAUUCAGAUGCACGUAGUCAAUUUCAGCUGAACCAAGCUGUCUUUUGUAUACUGUCUUAUACUGUGUUAUGCUUUUGUACUGGCCUUCAGUGUCUACAGGGCUCUCCAACCCUGUUCCCGGUGAGCUACCGUCCUGUAGUUUUCACUCCAACCCUAAUCUAGCACACCUGAUUCUAAUAAUUAGUUGGUUGAUAAUCUGAACCAGGUUAGUUACAACUGGGGUUGGAGCGAAGACAUACAGGAAGGUAGCUCUCUAGGAACAGGGUUGGACACCCCUGGUCUAGAACCUUAAAAAUAAAUAGAAACUGCAAAGCCCCUAUUGUUAACCUACAUGCACUGUACAUGUGUGCAGCUUGUUAGAUAAGAGUGACUCAGCCCCUCUCAGAAGGGAACAGUACAGUAUGUGAAAGGGCCACUGACUAACCAUUUAAUACACACACACACACACACCAAUCACAUAACACUGUAGCCACUGCUAGCUUUGAGAUACUGUGGCCAUAUAUUACACAUUACAUGAUGGUGAAUCCUUAAAAAAAAGCUUAAUUUUCAAGAUCCUCUCAUUAGACAAUGCAUCACUGCAGUAAAUACUUGACAGUUGUCACACAGCUUGGCACACAGUUGUAGAUGUGUAUUAAUGUCAUGAAGAUUCUCCAGACUGUCCUUAUGUUGAACAACAGCCACUGAUAACUCUGGUCCUCAGGCCUGGUUUUGUCCUCCUUUCAUUGCCAUCAGCAUCCAUGUCUAUCUCGCACACGCAGGAUGCUAAUCAAGUCGUGCUCUGUCACUCCAUGCUUGUUAUUCAUUAUCCCGCUGUCCUUGAUUUAAAUCAGUAAAGUCAGCUCAAUUUGAAUGUCUAAUUAAACACGUCAUUAUGUCCUAUGACAGGGGUUCCCAAACUUUUUCACUCGGGGGUGGGGGUUUUGAGUUUAUUUCCUGAAAUUCUACACAUUUUGUCAUGGGGUGUAAAGAACAUUUAUCAGUUUUUAACUGAAAUAUUAUUGAAAUUCUAUACAUUUAGUAAAGUAUGUGCAUUCAAGUGAUAUUUGAGUGACAAAAACAAUUACAACAAUAUCUAUGGGCAAAAAAAGCAACAACAAAAAACAUUAGCUUCUUGGGCUAGUUGAUCUGGACAUUUCUGACAAAUUAUAAAUAGUUCUCUAAGGUAUGCAAUGACUAACAGGACAAAAUAAACUGCUGAUGAACUACCCAAUUUCGAAUUUGCACCUUGUGAUUUCUAUUAAUGACUUUCAAGAGUAAGUUUAAAGACGGACUGAGUUCCUUGAAAAAACACACCCCACAGUUGGGAACCACUGUUCUAUGCAAUAUGUGUAGCUAAUCAGUAUGGUAAAGGAGGUGAUUUUGAAUGGGGAUCUGGUGGUCCCUUACAAUGAGUUAUAGUUAAAUGUAAUAAGGUGUGGCAGGGUUUUAAUCCAUGUUGCAAUUGAACUGAACACUUAUCUCCCUCACUAGCUUUAAGCACCAGCUGUUAGAGCAGCUCACACAUUACUGCACCUGUACAUAGCCCAUCUAUAAUUUAGCCCAAACAACUACC